AUGUCCCUUCUCACAGCCCGGCUUCGAACUAGCCGUGGAGCACCUGACAUGGAACCGCUGUUUGGAAGAGUUGGUUGUGGGGUUACUUUGGAUGAUGCAAUGUUGGAAUGUGUUGGUAGUGGAAAAGAUGGCCUCCUCGCUAAGCAGUUGGCAAUGGCAGAACAUCUUCCCUCAUUUUCUGCACUUGAAACAGAGUAA